GUCAGUUUGAAUAAAGUGACCGAGAGGAGGAGUUGUGUAUUUUGUUCUAUUAUUUUUAACGGUUUGUUGACAAUACUUUUUACUCGUUAAAGUUAAAUAGUGUGUGAACUGUUAUUUAUUAUUGUGGUGGAUUGUAAAGUGAAUCAUAAACUAUGGCGACGCAGCCAGAAGUCGGUGUACCCGACUUCGUCCUGUUGGACAACUUGACCACCGAUACCUUUAUCCAAAAUUUGCAAUUGAGGUUUCAACACAACAAAAUCUACACAUACAUCGGCGAGGUGCUGGUCUCCGUGAACCCUUACAAGAACUUAGACAUCUACAGCAUGCAGCAUAUGGCUCAGUACAGGGGCCGGGAGAUGUUUGAGGUCACACCACACGUCUACGCCGUUGCUGACGCCUGCCAAAGGGUUCUUCGGCAACAGGGUAAAGACACAUGCGUGUUAAUAUCUGGAGAGUCAGGGUCAGGGAAGACGGAGGCGUCCAAGUUUAUAAUGAAAUACAUCGCGGCAAACACAACACAAGUUCACAGGGAUUAUAUUGACAGGGUAAAAAAUGUACUAAUCCAGUCGAAUUCGAUAUUGGAAACGUUCGGUAAUGCGAAGACGAAUCGUAACGGGAACUCGUCACGGUUUGGCAAAUAUAUGGAUAUCCAUUUUGACUACAAAGGUGAUCCUGUGGGUGGACAUAUCAGCAACUAUCUGCUGGAGAAGAGCAGAGUGGUUUCUUUACAACCAGGGGAGAGGAACUUCCAUGCAUUCUAUCAGUUAUUAAGCACGAAUAACGCGACGACAAAGAAGUUCGGCCUUUCGUCCAGUGCAGUUUACCAGAUACUUGGCAACGAGCGCGCCACGGCACAGGACUCGAAGCUGUUCACUCAGACGAACAGUGCCUUCAGUGCCCUCGGCUUCACAGACUCAGUCGUCAAUGAUAUAUGGAGUAUUGUUGCUGGAGUUAUUCUUUUGGGCGAGUUAACGUUCACAGAGUCCCAAGACGGCCAGCUAAUCAUCGGAGGUCCAGUGAAGCAAUGUACAAGUGCGCUUGGAGUGACGGAGCAGGCCCUCCGAUCCUCCAUGGCCGGUAGAGUGCUAUCCGCUGGAGGUGACCUGGUGAACAAGGAGCAUUCGUUAAUGGAUGCUAACUAUACAAGACUGGCUUUGGCCAAGGCUGCCUAUGAUAGACUGUUCACUUGGAUUGUACAACAGAUAAACAAAGCGAUAGACGUCCCCAGCGGCACGUAUAAGAGCACUCUGAUUGGUGUGCUCGAUAUAUACGGGUUCGAGAUAUUCGAGACGAACAGUUUCGAGCAGUUCUGUAUCAACUACUGCAAUGAGAAGCUGCAACAACUGUUUAUUGAGCUGGUGCUGAAGCAAGAACAGGAGGAGUACGCGCGCGAGGGCAUCCAGUGGACGCCCAUCAAGUACUUCAACAACCGCGUCAUCUGCGAGCUGGUCGACGCGCCCCACCAGGGACUCAUCGCCAUCAUGGACGAGGCCUGUCUCAACCCAACCAAGAUAUCGGAUAAACAACUACUGGAAGCAAUGGACAGGAGAUUGAACGGCCACAAACACUACACCUCGCGACAACUCGCGCCCACAGACAAAAAACUCAAACAUGGCGUCGACUUUAGAAUUACGCACUACGCGGGCGACGUGACUUACGCUAUAACGGGCUUCAUGGACAAGAACAAGGACUCGUUGUGGCAGGACCUCAAGCGACUCCUGCACUCCUCACAGAACGAGUCACUCGCAGACAUGUGGCCUGAGGGGGGCACUCACAUACAGAAGACAUCAAAGCGUCCUCCUUCAGCAGCGACUUUGUUCCGCAACUCAAUGGCGGCGCUAGUGACGGGGCUGCAGAGCAAGGAGCCAUUCUACGUGCGCUGUGUCAAACCCAACCCUUACCAGGCGCCUACCAACUGGGACGAUCAACUGGUCCGUCACCAAGUAGCCUAUCUAGGUUUGGUAGAGAACGUGCGAGUACGUCGCGCCGGGUUCGCUUCCCGGCAGAGGUACGACCGGUUCCUGAAGCGGUACAAAAUGCUGUCUCAGUACACUUGGCCCAACUUCCGCGGGAAUUCAGACAAGGAUGCCGUCAUGGUACUUCUGAGAGAUUUACACGUCACUGACGUACAGUUUGGACAUACUAAACUGUUUAUUAGGAGUGCUAAAACCCUGCACGGGCUGGAGGCGGCGCGCGCCGAGCUGAUCCCGUCCAUCGUCAUCCUGCUGCAGAAACUGUGGAGGGGGACCCUCGCGCGCAUGCGGUACAAGAAGAUGAAGGCCGCAUACACCAUAUACAAUGCCUGGAAACGCUACCGCCUACGCUGCUACAUCGCAGCGCUGCAGCAGGAGUUGCAGCGCAACCGCAACGUGAUCCGCACGUGGCCGGCUGCCCCGCGCCGCGUGCCGGCCGCGCUGCUGCAGGCCGCCUACCGCCGCUGGCGCGCAUACCUUGUGCUGAAGCCCGUGCCGCGCGACCAGUGGCCACAGCUCAAGAUGAAGAUCUGCGCCGCCAGCGCGCUGCGGGGCCGCCGCGCCCAGUGGGGACAGAAUCGACAGUGGCUCGGGGACUACCUUGCCGAUAAUAAAUACAAUCCUAAAGCCGCGACAUACCAGUCCCAGCUAUCGUCCCUGCAGAGGUCCCAGCAAGUAGGGCGCGCGAUGUUCUCGUGCCGAGUCCACAAGUUCAACCGCUACAACAAGUUGGCCGAGCGAUGUCUGCUCAUCACAGACUCGCAUAUCUUCAAACUAGAUGCCAACACGUUCAAGCCGCUGAAAAAGCCUACUGCCAUUACAGAGGUGGGAGCAAUCCGUAUAAUGAGUACGGACGUCCAACUAGUAGUGAUCAGCAUUCCAUCAGCGAAGAACGACCUCGUGGUAGGGUUGGUUGCUCCGACGGUGAACCAAACUGGCGCGCCAGGAGACUUGGUCGGAGAACUGCUGGGUGUCAUGGCUAAUAGAUAUAAUAUGUUGACGGGCCAAGAGCUGGUGGUGGAGGUAGAGAGCGGCGCGACGACGCGAUGUACGCUGGGCGGCAAGACGCGGGCGCUGCAGCUGCCGGGCCCGCCGGCGCAGGCGCAGGCCGCGCAGCCCACGCAGCCCUUCACGCACGCACACAACGUCAUCACCUACCACCCCGCCUCCGCGCGCGCCUAGCAUCUACCCCACCACGAGGACUCCAGCGAGUAACACGACUCAACUAGCUAUUCCGCGUCUUAUUUCUUUGCGCAACCAUUGCGCAAGUUAUGCGCAUCUCUUCUUGAGCUUGCGCUUAAUGAAGAUGGUAACAAUUGUGCUCUAAGGAGUUUUACCAAUGUGUUCUAUUACGUUAAAUAGAAUGUAUCCUAGUGCUCGUGUUGUCCUUGAAGUGCUCUAGCCAAAGCUUCAGUGAG